UUUAUUAAUAAUAAUAGUAUGAAACAUUUGACGUUAGUUAUGAAACGUGUUAGUCUAUUUGUCAUAAGUUAUUGGUGUGAAAACUCCUUUUCUGUUUGAUCGCACAGAGCCCAACAAAAAUUCUACACAUGAAUCAUGAUGAUGAUAUUUUGAGUGCAUGUAAUUAAAAGUAGUGGGUGCAUCAAAAAGCAUAUUUGGUGGAAAAAAUGACACCACCCCAAGCACUAUACUCUACCAGAACGCUUAUAUAUAUUCAAUCGUUUUGGUUUUGCCAUUCACACUUCACGAUUAAGAGUAGACUGAUCAAAUUCAAGAUCCUUGUUUCACUCUUACGUAUUUCAUAUCACCAAAAAAGUCAUGACUACUUGUUUUCCUAGACUCUGUUGUGCACUUCUCCUGCUCUUGCUCCAUGCUGCAGAAUCCAUUCUCGGAUUGAACAAUAGCACAGAAAUAAAGUGCAUUGAGAGGGAGAGACAGGCACUCCUCAACUUCAAACAUGGCCUUAUAGAUGACUAUGGCGUGCUAUCCACAUGGAGCAAUGAAGACAACAGUCGAGAUUGUUGCAAAUGGAAAGGCAUUCAAUGCGACCAUCAAACAGCUCAUGUAACCAUCCUUCGUCUCCGUGGUUCGGAUACACAAUUUUUGAGAGGUGCACUCAAUAUCACUCCAUUGUUUGCCUUGCAAAAUAUUCAACAUUUGGAUCUCAGCAACAAUUUUUUUGAAUGGAGUGACAUCCCACAACUCAUGGGCUCACUAACCAACUUAAGAUAUCUCAAUCUCUCCUAUUCUGAUUUUGGUGGCAGCAUUCCUAUCCAACUUGGAAGCCUUACGUAUUUAAGGUAUCUAGAUCUCAGUCAUAAUAAUCUUGAUGGGAAAAUCCCUUCUCAACUUGGAAAUUUGUCACAGUUGAAGUACCUUGAUCUCAUUGGAAAUUUAUUUUCUGGAACACUCCCUUUCCAUGCUGGAAAUCUUCCUUUCUUGCACACUUUUAGGGUUGAUGGCAAUCUUGAAGUCAAACCUAAGGAUGCACAAUGGCUCUCUAAUCUCCAUUCCCUAAAAAAUCUUGCCAUGUAUUAUUUACAAAAUCUUGACUGGUUACAAACGAUUACUUUUCCAAAUUUAAAAGAGUUGAGGCUAGUUCACUGUUCUCUUUCAGAUACCCAAAUUCAUUCUCUGUUUUAUUCACCUUCCAACUUUUCCAAUUCUCUUAUGAUCCUUGACCUUUCUGAUAAUAUGCUCACAUCCUCAACAUUUCAAUUACUGUCUAACUUUAGCCUUAAUCUUCAAGAGCUUUAUCUUUCUCAAAAUAACAUUGUUUUCUCAUCUCCUGUCCACUCAAACUUUCAUUCUCUUGUGAUCCUUGACCUUUCUGAUAAUAAUAUCACAUCAUUUGAAGCUACUUCCAUCUUAGCUUCAAAACUUCAAAAUCUUUAUUUGUCAAGUUGUGGUCUAAGUGAUGAUAACUUUCUCAUCUCAGCUAUUUCAAUUACGAAUUCUUCAUCUUCACUUACCUCGCUUGAUCUCUCCUCAAAUAUGUUGAAAUCAUCAUCCAUAUUUUACUGGCUCUUCAACUCCACUACCAAUCUUCGUACACUUCAACUUUAUAAUAACAUGUUGGAAGGUCCCAUUCCAGAUGGAUUUGGAAAAGUAAUGAACUCUCUUGAAGUUCUUCACCUCCAUGGUAACAAACUGCAAGGCGAGAUUCCAUCUUUCUUUGGGAACAUCUGCACAUUGAAGAGUUUAAUCCUCUCCAAGAACAAGUUGAGCGGAAAAUUUUCUAGCUUCUUUCAGAAUUCAUCAUGGUGCAACAAGCACGUGUUUCAGAUUUUGGAUUUAUCCUCUAACAACAUUACAGGAACAUUACCUAAAAGCAUUGGAUUGCUAUCUGAGUUGGAGUACUUGUUAUUGGAUGGAAAUUGCUUGGAGGGUGACGUCACUGAAUCCCAUCUUUCCAGUUUUUCCAAAUUAAGGUACUUAUCUUUGUCAAAUAACUCAUUGUCUGUAAAAUUUGUCCCUACUUGGGUUCCACCUUUCCAGUUACAAAAUUUGGGACUAAGAUCUUGCAAGUUGGGUCCUAGUUUUCCUAGUUGGCUCCAUACUCAAAGUUCGUUAAGUGACCUCGAUAUUUCCGACAAUGGGCUUAAUUACGUACCGGAUUGGUUUUGGGACAACUUGCAAAAUAUGAGAACAUUGAAUAUGUCUCACAACAAUCUCAGUGGUCCGAUUCCUAAUAUAUCAUUGAAGCUUCACUAUGCACCAUCGGUAAUUCUAAAUUCAAAUCAGUUUGAAGGCAAAAUUCCAUCAUUUUUACUACAAGCGUUUGAUUUGAGGCUUUCUAACAACAAAUUCUCAGAUUUGUUUUCAUUCAUAUGUAACCAAGGCAACUCCGAAAUGUGGACUUUAGAUUUGUCAAACAAUCAAUUGAAGGGACAGCUCCCUGACUGUUGGACAUCUGUUGAUGGGUUAUGGUAUCUUGAUUUAAGCAACAAUAAAUUGUCAGGAAGGAUUCCUUUGUCUAUGGGCAGCCUUGUUGAAUUGAAAGUCUUGGUUUUACGAAACAAUAACCUGACAGGUGAAUUAGCUUCGACUUUGAAGAAUUGCAGCAAUUUAAUUAUGUUGGAUGUGGCUAAAAAUAUGUUGUCCGGCGCCAUACCAUCAUGGAUUGGAAAAAUUAUGCAACAGUUGAUAAUCUUGAACAUGCGAGAGAAUCACUUUUAUGGGAAUCUUCCCAUUGAACUCUGUUAUUUGAAGUAUAUUCAAUUAUUGGAUCUUUCGAAUAAUAUGUUAUCAAAAGGAAUUCCAUCAUGCUUAAAGAAAUUGACUGCCAUGUCUAAAAAGGGCAUCCACACACGUGGCACUCUAAAUGGUAUGUAUUUGAUAUAUAUCCCUUAUAGUAAAAUUUAUGACUAUUUUGUUGAGGAAGAGUAUUCCUUUAACAUAAGCUUGAUAUGGAAAGGUGUGGAACAGAGGUUCAAGAAUCCAGAGUUAAUUAAGGGCAUUGAUCUUUCAAGUAAUAAGUUAACGGGUGAAAUACCAAAAGAGAUUGGAUAUUUGGCUGGGUUAGUUUCUUUGAACUUAUCAAGAAAUAAUCUGAGUGGAAAAAUUCCUUCAGAGAUAGGAAAUUUAAGUUCACUGGAAUCCCUUGACUUAUCAAGAAAUCAAAUCAGUGGAGGAAUUCCUCUUCCUCUAUCCGAAAUUGACAAUCUAGGCAAAUUAGACUUGUCACACAAUUUUCUUUCUGGAAGAAUCCCAUCAGGAAGACAUUUUGAAACCUUCGAUGCAUCUAGUUUUGAAGGAAAUAUGUACCUUUGUGGUGAGCAACUUAACAAAAGUUGUUAUGGAGACGGAGAUCAAACAACAGGAAAACUUUCGGAAGCGGAAGCAAUAAAUGAUGAUGAAGAUAGUGUUUUCUAUGAGGCAUUGUACAUGAGCAUGGGGAUUGGAUACUUCACUGGAUUUUGGGGCUUAUUAGGACCAAUACUACUUUGGAGUUCUUGGAAAAAUGCUUAUCUGGACUUCUUAAACAGAUUGACAAUCGGUAUGUAUGAACAAUGUGGCAAGUGUAGGUGACCUGAUUGCAGGAAAAAGGCUAUUGCAGUUGUACUAGGCACUUCUGAUUGAUCUCGGAAGAAGGAAAGCACCGUUGAUAGCCAUGUGUGUGAAGUUUAUACCAUCACUUGACUGAUGAAUAUGUACAUCUCCUUUUUGUUUGCAAUUGUGAUAAAAAGUUACAAAUAUUCUGAAAAGAAUUAUAAAUAA